AUGAGUAAUCCACAAAGCUUUGUCAACGGAACUCCUAAUACAUGUAUCUUCGAUAACCAGUCAUCUGCAUCGAAUGUGAAUAUAGAUGACAAUAAUGUUAUAGGCGUACUUAUGGACGCCUACC